UUCAUUUUGAUUUGGCACUACUACCGCCUCUAAAUUGCGUUGUGCAGCUAACUUCAUGGCAAUAUAGUUCUUUUUCUUUCUUCCGGUUAUUGAAAGUAGUAGCAAAAUGACUAAGAAACGCCGUAAUGGAGGACGUUGUAAACAUAAUCGCGGUCACGUAAAACCAGUACGUUGCACAAACUGUGCUCGUUGCGUUCCAAAGGAUAAGGCAAUCAAAAAGUUUGUCAUCCGUAAUAUUGUCGAAGCUGCUGCAGUUCGUGAUAUAUCGGAAGCUUCAAUUUGGGAAACUUAUGUUUUACCAAAACUGUAUGCUAAAUUGCACUACUGUGUAUCCUGCGCUAUUCACUCUAAAGUAGUUAGAAAUAGAUCAAAGGAAGCUAGACGUAUUCGUACACCACCAGUUAGAAGUUUUCCCAAGGACAUGGCUCGCAACCAAGCAAGAAAAUAAAUACUAAACAUUUCAUAAUAAACUGGUGAAACUUAAA